GCGUAGCUUUGCACUUCCGGUUAGCUUGGUAAGAUAGCGGACGAGCGGUCGAUAGAAGAAAUCCUGAUGUGUUAGUGUGGAAGUGGUGCUUUUUCUGCUCAGGAACGCGGUAUUUUCUUAAGCUCGCAAAGACUUUAUUUGGAAAACGAAAAUGAUCCGCUUCAUCCUCAUUCAGAACCGAGCAGGGAAGACGCGGCUGGCCAAAUGGUACAUGCAGUUUGAUGACGACGAGAAGCAGAAGCUGAUCGAGGAAGUGCAUGCCGUGGUCACUGUCAGGGACGCCAAGCAUACCAACUUUGUUGAGUUCAGGAACUUCAAGAUCAUUUACCGGCGCUACGCUGGCCUCUACUUCUGCAUCUGUGUGGACGUGACCGACAACAACCUGGCAUACCUCGAAGCCAUCCACAACUUUGUGGAGGUGCUGAAUGAAUAUUUUCACAAUGUGUGUGAACUGGACCUUGUGUUCAACUUUUACAAGGUGUACACCGUGGUGGACGAGAUGUUCCUGGCAGGAGAGAUCAGGGAGACCAGUCAGACCAAGGUCCUCAAGCAGCUCCUCAUGCUCCAGUCACUAGAGUAGAAGCUGAUCCCUCUUUCCCCACUUAUCUGCAUCCCCUGGCAUUCAACCCUAGCUUCUCCGUGUUUUAUAUCGCUCUGAAAAGCCACCACGUCUCUCUCCUGCCACUUCUUCAAUGGCCGCAAGGAAGCAGCGUUUAGAGAACAUAGCCAAUAUUGUCUAAAUAUUGAUAUUUGAGGUAAACUAAACUGCUUGCCGUUGAAAAAUUAGAUUUUGCAAUAUUCUGUACACGUGGAACAGCUAUUGUUGUCAGUAGGCGAACAGAAAAACACUUGUAUUUGUUACUGUUUGAAAUCCUCAUUAAGGUGCAGUCAUGUUUGUGUUCUCUCUCAGCCAGCGGGUGCGGAAACUAGUUAUUCUGUGUAUUAACAAGUAAAUUGACUCAUUUACCUCUGUGCACUGUUAAAAUCAGUGUAAAACUGUUGGCCCCUGUCCCCUUUUGUUGCUCUUUAACCCAUACAUUCAUCUAAUGGCACUACGUUUAACUAACAAGCACCAAAAAGAAAAUGUGGAUCACAGAUGGUAAUGAAAGCCUUGCAGUCAAAAAGCAAUAGCCUCGGGAACAUUACAGUAUUCUUCAAGGCUCAUUUGCAUUUUUUAUUCAACUCUCGCUGCAAGCAGACGACAAGUAGAAAUUCAUUUUAGAGCGAUUAACUCAUCACAGCGAGUUCAUCCUACUCGAAUGCAGUACAGUUUCAAUGUUAUGCUAACCUGUGCUGUGUCAGGCAUCCUUCUGGGUGGUGGAUGACACGAUAAAUUAUCUGACUGAUUUUUUUUUUUUUUUUAUUUCAACAAAUUGUGCUUGUUGGGUCCCUCUCAAAACACUUAAAAUGGAGACGAAACUUGGACAUUCAGCGUAUUUUCCAUGAGGCAGUAAUGUGAUGUUUGCUCAGUGCGGUGUGUGUAAAUACAGUGCAUCUUGUUGAGUAUUAUGAAAUGAAGUCAUACAGAGUCGUACAUUCCUUUGGCUCUCCAUAAAGCGAAAUUGAAUUUUAAGCUCCCUCGUGAAGUCAAAACGAUCUGCUUUUAUACAUGUCUCUGCCGGAGUUAAACGCCUGUGAAAUUGAAAAUGUCAUUCUAAUUUUAACCAUAUCCAGUCGCACAGUUGAUUUCACAUGUUGACAAAUGUUUUAUCGAUCGAACAAUAGUGAACAAUCUGCCACUUCCUUUCUUGUGAACCUUAUGAGAUGUCUCCAGUUCAAUACCUGUAUGUCCCAUUUUUUUUGUGUAAAUAAACAAAAGUUGACCAAACUG